CUAGAACCUUGACGGGGUUGCGGCUACAGAUUCAAUAUUGUAUAAACAUGGGUGCAUUUUUGGAUAAACCAAAAACUGAAAAACAUAAUGCUCAUGGUGCAGGGAACGGCUUGCGUUAUGGCCUCAGCAGUAUGCAGGGAUGGAGAGUGGAAAUGGAAGAUGCUCACACAGCUGUUGUAGGUAUUCCCCAUGGCUUAGAGGACUGGUCCUUUUUUGCUGUCUAUGAUGGUCAUGCAGGAUCUCGUGUUGCAAAUUACUGCUCAACACACUUACUAGAACACAUCACUAACAAUGAAGACUUUAGGGCAACAGAAAAACCUGGAUCUGCUCUUGAGCCUUCAGUGGAAAACGUCAAGAGUGGAAUCAGAACUGGCUUUUUGAAAAUCGAUGAGUAUAUGCGCAAUUUCUCAGACCUCAGAAACGGGAUGGACAGAAGUGGCUCCACAGCAGUGGGAGUUUUGAUUUCCCCUGAGCAUAUGUACUUUAUCAAUUGUGGUGAUUCACGUGCUGUUCUCUAUAGGAAUGGACAAGUCUGUUUUUCAACACAAGAUCACAAACCUUGCAACCCAAGGGAGAAAGAGCGAAUCCAGAACGCAGGAGGCAGUGUAAUGAUUCAGCGUGUUAAUGGUUCAUUGGCAGUUUCUCGAGCUUUGGGGGACUACGACUACAAAUGUGUUGAUGGCAAAGGCCCUACAGAACAACUUGUUUCUCCAGAGCCUGAGGUUUGUGAAAUUUUAAGGGCAGAAGAAGAUGAAUUUAUCAUCUUGGCUUGUGAUGGAAUCUGGGAUGUAAUGAGCAAUGAAGAGCUCUGUGAAUUUGUUAAGUCUAGACUUGAAGUAUCAGAUGACCUGGAAAAAGUGUGCAAUUGGGUAGUGGACACUUGUUUACAUAAGGGAAGUCGUGAUAACAUGAGUAUUGUACUAGUUUGUUUUUCAAAUGCUCCUAAGGUCUCAGAUGAGGCAGUGAAAAAAGAUGCCGAGUUGGAUAAGCACUUGGAAUCACGGGUUGAAGAAAUUAUGGAAAAAUCGGGUGAAGAAGGAAUGCCUGAUCUUGCUCAUGUCAUUCGCAUUUUAUCUGCGGAGAAUAUCCCUAAUUUACCACCAGGAGGUGGUUUAGCUGGCAAGCGUAAUAUUAUUGAAGCUGUGUACAGUAGGCUGAAUCCACACAGAGAGAAUGAGGGGGACCCUGGCGAAGCCGAGGAAAGUGGAACGCAGGGAAAAUUGGUGGAAGCGCUCAGGCAAAUGAGAAUUAAUCAUAGGGGGAACUACCGCCACCUUCUGGAAGAGAUGCUGACUAGUUACAGGCUAGCUAAGAUGCAGGGAGAAGAGUGCACUGCUGACUCAGCUACAGCAUCUACUUCAGCUAAUCGUGGUGGAGCCAGUGACGCUGCGCCAGACACCCCCACAGAAUCUGGGAAUCGCCUCGCUGAAACGCAGAGCUCAGACGAAGAUUCAGGGAUGAAUGAGAUGAGUGAUAAACAGACGUGACGUCUUUAUACGUUUCACGUAACAGAGUUGACGCUUCGCUUCACUUGGCGUGUUUUCCUUUGUUUAUAGCUCAACAUUUGUCACAUCUAUCCUAGAAGUCUGUUUGUUUUUACUUUGGAUUAUUUGUACAGAUUGUUUAUAUAAAGUUCCCUUCUUUCCUUAGAAGUUCAAAAACGAUGGUGUAUUAUAGCAAUUGCAUUUUGUAUUGUGUAGCAAGGAGCAGUUAGCUUCCUAUUCAAGAUACCAGUUUUUAAAUUCUGUGAAACCAACAGUAGGAAUCUAACAUGCUAAUGCAAAAAUAAAUUUUAAACCCCCUUUUCUUAUAAGAAGUUUCUUAAUUUUGACGGUACAUGUAUGCUAAUUGUAAAGUAAUUCACAUCUUAAUCAUGCAUAUUUUGUGACUAUUAAAUGAAUUAUGCAAAUUCUUCAACCCUUUUCCCUCAGCGUCUUAUGCUACAUACUGCAUGUGUGUAUUUGAAUUGUGUAUAGUUUGUUACAACUAGAAUUACAAAACCUAUCACAUCUUAGGUUAAACCACUUAUUCUUCGUUAAAUGUGAUGAUUCUUUCAAUUUAGAUUGUAUCCACUGUUCAUCACGAAUAUCUAUUUUCUAGAAAACUGUAUUCUUGUUACUUUCCAGGUUGUAGCAUAACCUAUAUCCAGAAAUGAAAAUGUACUUAGAACUUGACCUAGUGUCAAGUUCUAGUAACUUGUGUUUAAGUGAAAAUAAAGAAUAUGCUGUGGAAUAAUAUCUGUAUGCAUACUGAGUCUUUUAAACAGUUUAAGUAAUAAACUUUUCUGAAAUGCUGUCAUCUUGAUAUGGCUUGAAACUUCUCAUAGUCGUUGACAUUAACUCAUUAUGAUGUUCCCUAGUUUCUACAGCUACUUGAGUAGUUUUGGGUUUGACACGGUCAUCAUUAAUCUUAUAUUUGGGCAGUAUUUCUCAGUUGCAAGUUAAACAUGAGCAAUAUAAGUGAAUAAACAGGCUAGUCUACCUGACGUUACUUUCUAUGAAGUCUUUUUCCUUUUUUUUUGGUGUUUGACACAUAUAUGCAUACGUGUUUUGGUAGGUCAGUGAUAAUACUGAGAAUUUUCAGUGGUGAACUAAUCUGCUAAUAAGUUAAUACUGGAAUUCUUGUGCCAGUAGUCCUCUAGGUAAUUCUGUACAUUUAAAAAGGACAGUUCAUAUUCCAACACUAGCAUAAAAAUGUUGUUCAACAUCGGUACAAAGUUCACUGCCUUAAUGGAAAAGAUCUUGCGGGAAUUUCUUGUGAAUCAGGAAUACCUUUUAAGGGUUAAGGGUUGAAUUUCUUAGUAUUUUAUAGAUUUCCCCCCUCCUCCCUCCCCAUUCUGUAGUAGUAUCUUUUGAUAGCUAUGAUGUAAUACAAUUUUAGGUAGUACUUGUACUUGUUUUUAAGUCUUUAUACUAUAAUAACUUUAUUGGGUUCAUAUUUUAUAAAAGUGAAUUCCCUCAUGAAAUUAAGGAGCAAAGAAUAUUUGUGCGUGGAAGUGGGCAAGUAUGAAAAAAGGAAUUUGUCAUCUUUCUUAUGCUAGUAUUCUACUUAAUUUUGCCACUUAAAUCCAAACUGCAACAAAAUGUUUCCAUUUGUGUUGGUGAGUAUUAAUAUU